UGCUAUGUGUCAUAUUAUAUUGUACCUACCCGACAUUUUGGAUAGAUGAGGUACUAUAGGUAGGCACAUGAUGUGUGUACAAUGUGAAUUUCGAUAUUUUGACUUGGAAUAAAUGUGUGAGGACAAUAUUUAUAUUUUUUUUUUACCAUUUACAUUUGUGUAGCACAUACCCAUUGCCUAAGGAGAGUACGAUUUUUUCACUUACCGUGUGCGUGCACAUACUAUAUUUUGGAUUGACAUGUGAAGGUGUACAAUGUAUUAGUUUACGUUUAUACGUUUCUGAAUUCCUAGAGUGAACACGAUAGUGUUUUGAGUAAACGUGUUCUUUUACGGUUAUACUGUUUUACUGCGUAUUUUGAGAGUAGGUACAUUAUGAUUUACAAUUUAUAACAUUAUUGUACAUGUGUAUUGUGUACCUAUGGGCAUUAGGUCUAACAUAAAGGUGGCAUGCAGAGCAUUACCACCGAUCAAUGUGUAGAAAAAAAACAUAAUUUAUAUGAAGUGACUGCUUCUAACUAUGACUGCAUGGGAUGAGGAUAUUAUAAUAUUAAUUUUUAUGUUUUGCAGUUGUUCAAUAACUAUUUUGAUACUUACGUAUUGCUACUGCAACAUUUCAAAACCUGAAGUAUCGAAUCCUUUGAAUGAAAUUCAAAUGGAUAAUCGCAGACACUUAACUAGCAUCAACAGUGACCAACAAAGUUGUUCGGCGACGUUCAAUAUUGUUUUAAAUGGUUUGGAGUAUGAAAUCAUGUAUGAUCCGUCGUAUGGACAAUCUCAUCAGCCAUGUAAUUCUGCACAAACUGCUAGAACUAACGUUUCCACUCUACGAACCGCAAAUGCCCCAUUUCGUUCUGGCCUAAAUUAUGCGGAGCAUAAUACAUCUAAUGUAACCUCAAGUUCAAGAUCGCCUCUAGAUAAUCCACCGCCUUCAUAUGACGAGUGUGUGGCGAGUUCACGUCUAACACCCCAUAUUACCAUUGAUUUACCAGUAACUUAGGAAGAUAUUGAUUUUUAAAUCAAUUUAUAUCGACGAUAAUAUGACGAGAAGUGAACAAGAUUUUCAAACAACAUUAUCUGAACCCGUUAAUUUAUGCUCUGAAGUUUUGAUAUUGGAUUUUUGUGUUCAAUGAUAUAGGUACCUAUUAUACCAAUAUUAAAUAAUUAUUGGUAGGUAGUAUUUACUCUAUUAUGUUAACCAAUAAAUUAUCGUAUAUUUUUUAAAUUAGUAACUAUGUGUUAUCAAUAUUUAAACAAAAAGGAAAUACUACGGACAUGAAAACUUGGUUGAAACCACGGUAGAUUAUAUAGUCUAUAUCUAUCUGCCGUGGUUGAAACUAAAUAUAAUUUUUCAUUAACUGCAGACGUACGAUGCCUUACAUUUGUACAUACCAACACACGAGGAAAUUAGGUAGGUAUGCAAAUGUACAGCCUUUAAAAACUCAUAAUUUAUGAUAGAUAAUAUUGUGUCCAAUAAAUAUCAGAUCGAAUUUAUAAAGUGGAUGUUUAACCUCCACCCUGAAUGUUAUC